AUGGUAUUUAUAGUUGAGUUAUGGGAGUCUAUAUUCACUCCAGGAACUACACCAGCAUUGAUAACAGCAACUCAUGCAUCAUUUAUACUUUUAAUUAUAUCAUUGAUAACAUUCUACUUCUUAACUAAAUCAAUACAUUUUUUAAAUUUAUUUGUUAUUGCAUUAUUACUUUAUGGAACAGUUAUUUGGUUUAUAAAUGAAUUAAAAGCAGUCAAAUUAAAAGAUAAUGAAGAAUUAACCAAAAAAGAGGAGAAACCAGAAGUUACUAUAAAACACGUUGAAACUUAUGAGACUAAACCAAGAAAGAGAAAAGUCUGA